AUGAUCCAAAUACACCUGAAGUUUUCCCUCCUGCACCAGCUCAACAGUCAUGCAGUCUUCCUGUUCCUUGCCUUGCCUGCUGGUGGCACGGCGAGUAAUCCUGAGAUUACAGCCCCGGGGGUUCUGCUUUCCAACUCACGUCGCAGCUCUGAAUUCUCUCUGCAGGGCCUCAUCUCUCUUCCCGACCCUGUCGAUGGUACCAGCAUGCACCAGGACCUCUGGCCGCUCACCUUCCCUUUUCAAAAUGGCCUGUGCCCGCUCAGAGACAUCCUUGAAGCUGGCACCAGCGAGAACGCACACACCAUCCUGGAGUCCCGUAUGCGUCCUCAGAAUGACGACGGAUCUCUUAUCUUGAGGACAAUGAUUGGAUUCUCCGUGGCAGAGUUCUGUGUAGUUAGCAUCAUUGGAUACAGUCGAGAUUUAGAGAAUGUCUGGGUGGCGGAGGGCAGGAAAUAUGGGGAGCGCGCUCGGAAAUGGUGCCGAGACCAAGACGUGAUCCCUCGUGGUCUGGAACUUUUGGUCUUCUGUCUUCCCCUUUACGAAUUCAACGAUGAGCUCCUUUGCAUCGCUGACGUUGAGCGUGAGGUUGUUAUUACGGCGCCACUCAGUCGGGUAAUCUUUCUCAUCGGCACCCUUGACUCGGCCAACUACAGCGGCGCCGUCGGCGAAUUUGUGAAUGAUAUUGGGGGCAUUCGCGUGAACCUCAAACCGCAGAAGCGAGCGGUUGAAGAAUUCAUUGAAUACACCAGCCAGUUGGUCUGCACACGACUUCAGCAUUUGGCCAGGUACACCGCCCGGGCCGGACGCUUUCCAUUCUCUCAGCACUUUCGCGCGGCACAUUGCAGUCCGUCCGGGAGACCACCAGCGUGCAACACAGCGCUGAUCACUCAAAGCAGCUCACCGUCAGGCAUGAACGCAGUUAUCUCGUUGCUGCUGCUUGCUACAUCUUCCAUUCCUCCCGAGAUUGAUUUUGUAAGAGUUGGAGGCAAAAUUAAGAGGUUCUGGUGUGACACGAAAUUGGCCUUGUGUACUCAGCGGAGUUCUUCUCAAGCUCAGCCGCCUGUCCCAGCGAUAUAUCUUGACCAACCGACUGGUGUGUACCUAAUCGGGGAGACGGUCACCGCGACCUGCACGGUGUCUGGAGAUAAUCGCGAUAAAGCAUUCUACCUAUACCGAAAUAAUCAACCGGCCCGCGAUAUUACCACACGUGGAAACACUGCAACAUUCACAAUUACCGGUAGUUACCAAACAGGGCGGUAUCAAUGCCUUUAUACAACCUCUGUCAAUGGAAGGCUGUUGCAAUCCCCGCACAGCCGGCCCGUGCUGGUUGCUCUAACAGCUCAGCCGUCAGUCCCAAAAAUAUAUCUUGAUCAACCGACUGGUGUGUACGUAAUCGGGGAGACGGUCACCGUGACCUGCACCGUGCCUGGAGAUAAUCGCGAUAAAGCUUUCUACUUAUACAGAAAUGAUCAACCGGCCCGCGAUAUUACCACACGUGGAAACACUGCCACAUUCACUGUUACCAGUGGUUACCAAGGAGGGUGGUAUCAAUGCUUUUAUACAACCUCUGUGUAUGGAAGGCUGUUGCAAUCCCUCCUCAGCCGGUCCGUGCUGGUUACUAUAACAGCUCAGCCGCCAGUCCCAGCGAUAUACCUUGACAAAUCGACUGGUGUGUACGUAAUCGGGGAGACGGUCACCGUGACCUGCACCGCGUCUGGAAAUAAUCUCGAUAAAGUUUUCUACCUAUACCGAAAUGAUCAACCGGCCCGCGAUAUUUUCACACGUGGAAACACUGCCACAUUCACUGUUACCAGUGAUUACCAAGUAGUGCGGUAUCAAUGCUAUUAUACAACCUCAGUAAGUGGAAGGCUGUUGCAAUCCGGGUUCAGCCGGUCCUUGCUGGUUACUCGAACAGGUCUGCCGACACUCCCAGUUAUAUAUCUUGACCAACCGACCGGUGUGUACGUAAUCGGGGAGACGGUCACCGCGACCUGCACCGUGUCUGGAGAUAAUCGCGACAAAGCUUUCUACCUAUACGCAGAUGCUCUGCCGGCCCGCGGUAUUAUCACACGUGGAAACACUACCACAUUCACUGUUACCGGUGGUCACCAAAGAGGGCGGUAUCAAUGCCUCUAUACAACCUCUGUCAAUGGAAGGCUGUUGCAAUCCCCGCUCAGCCGGUCCGUGCUGGUUACUAUAACAGAACCUCUACGAAGACCAGUGAUAUCUCUCGACCAAGCGAAAGGGGUGUAUUUGAAAGGAGAGGUGGUCACCAUUACCUGCACGGUGACUGGAGAACUUCGAAACAAGACGUUCCACAUACACAAAGUGAAUGGACACAACCCUGAGCUGUUAGUGCAAAACAACGUUGCAAAAUUCUCGGCUACGGACAAAGAGAGAGGGCGAUACCAGUGCCGUUAUACUACAUCCGUUAACGGGAGGCGGUUGGAAUCCAGUCCCAGCAACGACGUAACGGUCACUGUAGCAGAUAUGCCCAAACCAAACAUAACUGUGGAGCCCAGUGUUGCUGUCCAAGGUGCGGGGGUCAACAUUACAUGCACCGAUGUCGGAGACCACGUCGGCAUCACAUUCUACUUGUACAGACAGGGGUCGGCGAAUUACUCAGACGUCCUGACAUCGACACGGGACAAUUCUGUCACCUUCCCCAUCGGUAAUGUGGACUUAAACAUGGGGGGAUACUACACCUGCCUUUAUGAAGUGGAUGUGGAAGACGUGAGACUAACCUCGACCAUGAGUGACCAUGUACUUUUAACCAUAAUUGCUAAGUCCUACGCCCUCGAGUUUGGGAUUGUUUCCGCUGUGUUCCUGUUUCUCAUACUUGCUGUGUUGCGCGUAUACUGUUGCACUCAAGGUCGGUUGGCUUGGGGGAAGGCGAGAAAGAAAGCAGACAGUAGGUCCGCGACACCUCAUGGUGACCCAAAGUCAACUCCUGAUGACGCCACCAUACCUCCUGGUGGUGUGUCGGCACCUCAAGAUAACCAGGGCAAAGUCGAAAUUACAUAUGCAAAUCUGGGGAUGAAACCAUUGCGAACGAAACGCAAAGACCCGAGAAAGGACAUCCAAAACCACAGCCAGUAUACCAUGGCCUAUGCAGAGCUGAAGCUGUAGAAUAUUGGCCGAUCUGCAGGCGCGUCCAUCGCAAUCAUUGGUCAAAAUUUCAACAUAUAUUCCACGCCGAACACUCUGAUACUGAUGGGUCUUUCCUUCGUUGCAAUACAUGCGGAGUUAAUAAGUGGCUUCAGAGUGGAAUGCAAACACAAAAUAUCGACGUCAACAAGUAAUAUUGCACUCUGUCGUUAUAUUUGACUCAUUUCGUCGCAGCCUCGUUAAUAUGAUGUUUAUACGUUGGCAUUGCAGAUUUGCAGCAUCAUUCCAGGCUUAUUAAGGCAAGGGAAACCGCGGGACACCUUCGUUCCUUUGCAUUCCCUACUCAAUUGUGGAUUGACAUCGGAAUCGCUGCUUCUGUGCAGGUCGAGCCCAAACACAUGCGUAUCGCUACCCGUCUCCUAUUAUCGCAGUGUUGCUGUGAAUUAAA